AUGACGUCUGAUAACAAGUACAAAUACAGAAUUGAGAUUCUGCAGAUGAUGUUUGUGCUGGGUGAAGCAAAUGACCCACCAGUGGAAACCACAUCAAUAAUUGAAGAUAUUGUACGAGGUCAAGUUAUUGAAAUAUUGAGACAAUCUACUAAAACAGCAAAUUCUCGAGGCAGUAGAAGUAUUAUACCAGAAGAUGUAAUUUUUUUGAUUCGACAUGAUAAGGCAAAAGUGAAUCGUUUACGAACUUAUUUAUCGUGGAAGGAUGUUCGUAAAAAUGCCAAAGACCAAGAAGGAGGAGGUACGGAAUCUUUGAUUGAAAACACCAAUGAGGCCGGUGUUGGGGCCAACGGACUGUCACAAUCGCAGUCAAAUGAUUCUUCGAAAAUGCUUUCGAGGUACAAAAAAUCCAAAAUAAGAUUACCCUGGGAAUUACAAUUUAUGUUUAGUGAACAACAUUUGGAAACGCAAGAAGAAAACGAACUUAUUGAUGAUGAAGAAAAAGCCGCCUCAAUAGCGAGAUUGAAAAAAUUGAAAAUGGCAGAUGAUCGAACUAAAUAUAUGACCAGAGAAGAGUAUGUACAUUGGAGUGAAUGUCGGCAGGCUUCAUUCACUUUUAGAAAGGGUAAACGUUUUAGAGAAUGGGCCCAAAUGAGCCAGUUAUGUGAUACCAGACCCAACGACGAUGUUAUUGAUAUCUUAGGGUUUUUAACUUUUGAAAUUGUCUGUUCAUUAACGGAGGAGGCCAUGAAUAUCAAGAAUUCGGAGGAUAAAUUGAACCAGAUACAAAAGCAAAAACAAAUUAUCGAUAAUAAAGAGAAACCAAUAAAGAGAAAAUACUUGUUUGAUCAACCAGACGAAUUCACUACUCCAAUAAUGCCAUAUCACAUCGAAGAAGCUUGGAGAAGGUUACAAUCAACCGAUUUUAAACACAAAGCAGCAAGAGCUUUUGGGGGCGGUGUCCUUAAAACCAGAACUAGAUUGAUCUAA